AUGACCACCGUGCCGACCCAUCGCGCCGGCGACUCUACCAAGAAGCCUGGCCGAGCGAGAGAGCGCAAGCCUCGUGGCCGCGGUCUGCGCACCCGGACUGGGUGUAUGACCUGCCGCAAACGCCAUCUCAAGUGCGACGAAGAGAAGCCACACUGUGGGCCAUGUACCCGGAGCAAUCAUACCUGCGUCUAUGCCGACCCGACCUCUGGUCCGGCCUCGAAAUCAACCUCCAACUCGGCUCCCUCAUCGGUGGAACUGCCUGAGCAAAGUGUCUCACGAACCGCUUCAGCUGACCCUUAUGACGCCGCCAAACAGUCCGACUACUAUUCAAGCACCGCUACGGCUUCACUUUUCACCCCUGUGCUGACCGGCUGGGAUGAUCUUAACUCCAUCUCUCAACAAGACUCGCCUCAAUCCAAGGCCCCGCCUGUGUCAGUGACCGGCGAACUCUCGCCCGGUGCGCCUUAUUUCCAGUCCCUGAUGCAAUCGAGUAUCUCCUCCCAGAGUAUCCAUGCUGUGUCGAGCCCGGAGGACCUAGCCACGGCUUCACGCAUCUCAAAUUCGGGUCCUUUGGCCGAUGCGGCGAUUGCAAAGUGGUUCGGAUUGUUGGCGGGCGACGCAGAGCUUGAAGGCGGCACGCCCUCCAUCAGCUGCAACGGCAAUCAGCCUGUCCGGGGUCGCACGCAUGCUCUCGCCCACCAUGAAGCAUGCCACGUUCAUCCUCACUUGAACGGCGGUUUCCCUUCCGGCCUGUCUGCCUCAUCUUUGGGGGCAUCACGGACCGCCUCCCACCGGAUUCCGUAUUCGCACCCGGUGCCUCCAGAUUCGCACCUGUGGCAAUCAACAUCCGCAUUGACCCUCAGGCCUCAUGAGACGGCCAUAUUUGACCAUUUCGUCACUCGAAUCAGCCGUUGGAUUGAUCUUUUCGAUCCACUUUGCCACUUUUCAACAUAUGUUCCUCACCUAGCGAUGCACAAUGUCGGUAUGAUGAAUGCAAUACUUGCAUUGUCAGUGAGACAUUUGUCCCUCAGUCCUGCAGCAGAAACGGGACCUGUCCAUGACAGGAACGAUUCCCUCCCCUACUACCACCAAACUUUACAUUAUGUCCAAAAGGCGAUGCAAUACGAUUCCUACAACACGAGUGCCGAACUCCUCGCUACAUGUUUGAUCAUCUCCGCAUAUGAAAUGCUGGACGGGUCCCGGAAAGACUGGGAACGCCACCUGCAAGGGGUGUUCUGGAUCCAACGUGCGCAGCGGAUCGAUGGGGACUCGCGCGGUCUCAGCCAAACUGUAUGGUGGGCAUGGCUGUGUCAGGAUGUGUGGGCUGCGUUUCGAGAGAAACGGAAGCCCUUCAAUUCCUGGACUCCUACCAGGGAUUACAGCGACUUGAACUCAUACGAGAUAGCCGCACGAUCAGUGUACGUCCUGGCCCAAGUUGUGACCUACUGCUCUCAGGAGGAAGUUGCACGGGGCGAAGUCGACAUCAGACCUCGAGUCGACCAAGCAGAGACUCUUGCACACAUGCUCGAUGACUGGCAGCGGCAUCUGCCCAUUGAGUUCAACCCUCUACCCCUGGAGAGCGACGGCCCGGCUGUCUUCAAGCCAAUAUGGGUCCACCCUCCGGCUUUCGGUCUCGCGGUUCAAAUCCACUGCGCCGCUCGCAUUCUCCUUCAAAUGUACCGACCUUUCCUCCGAGGCUAUGAAGACAUUGUGCGUCAGAAAAGAGAGAUCGCCACAUACAUUGAGACUAUUUGUGGACUUGCUGCCACCACUGCGUUCGACUAUGCGUCGAGUAGCAUGACAUCUCAGUGUCUUUUCAUAGCUGGCUUAUGUGUGAGAGACUUGCACCAACGCACAGCAGUCGUCGGACUUCUCGAUGUGUGUCAACGUUCCAGUGGAUGGCCUAUGCAAUCUCUUUCACAAGAGUUACAGAUGAUCUGGAACGGGUCACACGAGAACCCACUCCCAUGA